UUUGCAAAGAGGAAUGGAUAAAUGUAGAGCAGUGGCCAAAAACCCCAUCUGGAGAUACAGUGAUUAACCGAACAUGUCAACAGGGCAGGGUUGGCUAUAAGUCACGCACUUGUGACGGCACAAACUGGCUGCCGGUGUUCUCAUACUGCGUCAACGAAGAGUUGAACCAAGUUUUAGAUGCCGCAGACAAUUUCUUACAGGGACUCGGAGCUACCCAAGACGUUGCUAUGGAUAUAUUUUCAGGACUUAAGAACAGGUCAACAUCUGAUUCUGACUCUGAUGACGAGACGGCCGAUGUUACUGCUUCCAUCAACGUUCUUAAUGUGAUGGCGAGUGCAUCGAAAAAUGUUGUCUUGAAUCAGGACAUCUUUCCCGAUUUUGUUGAAGCAGCAAGCAAUAUGUUGAACAAGACCUGGGGUGGGGUCAACGACACUGUUAUUCACGAUAUGUCAGCAACUUACCUUAAAUCUGUGGAGGGUCUGGUGAAGAAUGUCAAGGUCAACAACAGCAGAGAAGUCAGCGGACUUGACACACAAAACUUAAAGCUCGACAUCUGCUCAAGUACAGACUGCAAUGUGACCGUGUUUGACAUCAGCGUGAAUCUGAACAAGACCAGUGGAAUAAUGAAAACUUUUGCUGUGAAAAAUCUAAUGCAUAAAUUAAAAAACAACUUCCCCAAAACGGCGGCUACCAGCCUUGUACUAUCAGCCACACUAGAGGACAACAAUGAUUCAGUGUUAGAUAUUACGCUGAAGUUCCCCAGGGAGCAGCUGAAUUCCAGUAAACCUUUGUGUGUCUUCUGGAACACCACAAAAAAGGAAUGGUCAAGGGAUGGAUGCACUUUAAAAACUCGUGAUGAUAACCACACAGUCUGCGAGUGCAACCACCUGACUUCAUUCUCUGUCCUCAUGGCCAAAAGUGAUAUAUCGACUGAUAUCCUAGAUAUCAUUACCAAUGUAGGCCUGGGUGUGUCCAUCUGCUCCUUGCUGAUCUUUCUCAUCAUUGAGUCUCUAGUGUGGUCAGCUGUGGUCAAGACCAACCUUUCACAUUUCCGUCACACAGCCAUGGUGAACAUUGCCAUGUUCCUCUUGCUCGCUGACUGCAGUUUCUUGGCUUCCACUUCACCUGAAGAUCUCAGCAGCACAUUGUGCCUAGUUUUGACCGUAUGCAAACACCUGUUUUACUUAGCCAUGUUCAGCUGGAUGCUGUGCAUGAGUGUCAUGCUCGUCCACCAGCUCAUCUUUGUCUUCAGCCCACUGAGAAAAAGAGUCUUCAUGUUCCUCUCCAGCAUUGUAGGUUAUGUUUGUCCAAUCCUAAUAGUGGGUUCUAGCUAUGUGUAUUGCAAAUACACGUACAAGCGCUACUAUGAUCCAAAAACAUGCUGGCUUGUUUUUGACAGACUUUUGGAGGGCUCUGUACAUGCUUUUCUCCUCCCUGUGGGAACUGUUAUUUUGACAAAUCUCUUUUCCAUGGUGGUCGUCAUUCUUACUCUGAUGAAGUCCUCUGCCACUGAUGGCGGAAAGUCAGAUGACAAAGAGACAGCCAAAAGCAUCCUUAAAGUGGUGGUUUUUCUAACGCCAGUCUUUGGAGUAACAUGGAUUAUUGGCUUCUUUCUGCUCAUAUUGGACCAAGGCAAUCCCAUGUUUGUUGUUGCUAACUACAGUUUCACCAUCCUCAAUUCCUUCCAGGGCCUUCUCAUUUUGAUAACAGGCUGUGUUGCAGAGCAGAAGGUUCGAGAGGAACUGUUAAAGCUCAUAAUGGCAAAAUCAAGAGGAAAAAGUGAGAGCAUGAAAAAUUUGACUUCAACUGCGUACACUAAAGACAAAUGAGGACUGAGAUUAUGAAGACGGAAACAGCAACUCACAUUUAUGGCACUCCACUUGUAGCCUAUGAGAGAACACAUCUUAGAGUUUGCUUUGUGUUAGAUUAUAGUUCCUAGAUGGUUACAAAUGUGUACACUGGUGUCCUAAAACCAGGCUAAAUGUUAAGUAAAGCCUAGUAAAUAGAACACUGAGGUUUUCAUCAUAUUUAUGAAUUUGACAGAACUGACCUUUAUCAUUAGUAGUUGUGAGUUAGUAGGUUGUUGUCAUCCUCAGCUAAGGCCAACAGAGAUUUCACAUUAAAUGAAAUCCUCCUGGCAGGGAGUAUGUAUGUGAAUAUGUAACUAUGGUUAAUGUAUACAUUUUCUCCUCUGUUUGUACCACUAAAUUGGAUGUUGUGUAUUCUGUAAACCCAGAUUGUGAGUGCUGACUGUAUAUAGAACAAAAUAGACAUGUUUGGAUUGGUUUGAUAGUUUUGUUUAAAAGGAAAGUGACAUGAACCAUAACCUGUAUACUGUGUCAAACCACUAUAUGUAUCAAAAUUAUAUGUAUAUGGAAUAAUAUGUAAUGAAAUAAAAACAAGGCAUCAAAUGUUUUUUAUUGUUCUUUACACGGCGCAUGAUUUCAAUCCAAACUAUACAUUUUUCAUUUUAACAGAAUUCAUUUAGCAAGCUAAAUAUGAUUCAAUUUAACAUACAAAUAAACCACACUUGGGUCACAUGAAUCAAUUGAUGCUAUCCACCUGCGAAAUGUUAAUUUGGGAGAAUAUAAUUUGUUGAUGUUUGGGCUUACUUUGGUUUUAGCUAUAGUUUUAUUUUCCUGCCAGUCCAGGCUUGAGUAUAGUUUUCAAUUUAAUACUUCAUGAUGAAAGUAAUUAUUUUAAAAGUGAAACCUGCAUUAAUUUGUACCUUGGGGGGUACAGCUUUGAGAAGUCUUAUUUCUAGGCUCAGUCUAAGGAGAAAACUGUAAAAAA